CUCAACUGCAGCUCCACACAACAGCUGCCCAUCACCUGCCUUGGUGAGAACAACAACAUCUGGACAGAUAUUUUUUAGUUGUUAGUGAUGAAUAAUGCGUUUUACUUUUUUUUAGGUCGCGGGUCCAUCAGGCUGGUGGGUUCUGGGGGAGACUGCGCAGGGAGGCUGGAGGUUUUUCACAGCGGCUCAUGGGGGACAGUGUGUGAUGACUCCUGGGAUAUUAAAGAUGCCCAUGUGGUGUGCAGACAGCUGCAGUGUGGAGUGGCCCUCAGUAACCAGCAGGUACCAGCCUGGUUUGGUCCUGGUUCUGGACCCAUAUGGCUGGAUGAGGUGGAGUGUGAGGGGAAUGAGACGUCCCUGUGGAGCUGCUCUUCUCCAGGCUGGGGAAAACAUGACUGUCAGCACAAAGAGGAUGUAGGAGUCGUGUGCUCAGAGUUUAAAGAGAUCAGGUUAACUGAGGGCUGUGAAGGGAAUGUGGAGGUUUUCUACAAUGGAUCCUGGGGUAAUGUGUGCUGGAACCAGAUGGACAGAGACACAGUGAGUCUGAUCUGUCAAGAGCUGAACUGUGGAAGAUCUGGUGCUUUGUCUGAUUCUACAUCAAGAGUAAAAUCAGCUCCUAACUGGCUGGAUAAAGUAACAUGUCGACCACAUGACUCAAAUCUGUGGCAGUGUCCAUCUUCACCCUGGGGACAAAAUAAAUGCAACGAAUAUGAAGUAGCGAAAAUCAUAUGCUCAGAUCAUGUUCCUCUCAGACUGAGUGAAGGUAAGGGCCGGUGCUCUGGGAGGCUGGAGGUGUAUCAUAACGCUGUGUGGGGCUCAGUCUGUGAUGAUCAGUGGGACAUCAGCGAUGCUCAGGUGGUCUGCAGGCAGCUGGGUUGUGGAGCAGCACUGAGGGCUGAUGGGAAUUCAGUCUUUGGGGCUGGUGAAGGUGUUGUGUGGCUGAACAGAGUCGAGUGCAGAGGGAAUGAGAUUCACCUGUGGGACUGUCCUCUCUCCCUGAAAAACCACACUGACUGCUCCCACAAAGAGCACGCUGGACUCACCUGUGCAGAUUUGUCAGUGUCCACUGCUACCAACAACAUCAGCUUCUCCUCCAGUGCGCUUAACAUCAGUCUCUCCUCCACAAACUCCUCCAGCAGCGUCUCUCUCCGUCCCCCCAGAGCUUGUGAUUGUUCUGGGAGUUGUAUUCUUACUGCUUUUAGUGCCACUGCUUAUACUGAUUCAGCAGAACAGAGUGAUGAGGAGAGCUCUCUCUAAGAGGAGACACAGGACGAUGUCUGAGGCCGUUUAUGAGG